UCAAUCAACUCAACUGUUCAACAACAACUUAACCAAAGCAGUAGACGAGAGGAGAAGUGGAACAAGACCGCACAUCCUCCACGAACGGGGUCUCGCCGACUUAAAGCCAAAGGCAUUGCCACCGUAGCUUAACAAUGGAAGGUAGAUCUCGCAUUGGUCUUUUACUUCUUCUUAUUAGUUUUACUCCAGUUUUGGUAAAAUGUAAUUCAUCUUCUCAGGAAAACGAUCUAAAGGUUUAUAUUGUCUACACCGGAAAUGCGUUAGGAAAUGAAACGUAUUCACUGCUCCGUUAUAGAGAUUUGAUAGAUCAAGCUGCAGACAGCAACUCGGAACCCAAAUCUAUAUUACACUACUGGUGGAAGAUUUUUAGUGGUUUUAUGGUGAAGCUAACAAAAAAGGAAGCUGAUAGAAUGGCUGGUCUUAAAGGGGUUGUCUCUGUUUUUCCAAAUAGAAGAUACAAACAUCGAUCGACCACAUUAUAUCGAUCGACCACAUUAUAGCAUUUCAAUGGAUUGGAAAGUAAAUCGUUUAAGUUACUUUCUUACUGUAAUUCUAUCAUACUACUUUAUGUUUUUUAUGUUGGUGGGUUGUGGUUGUAUGCUACAUUUGUGUAUACGUUAGUUAUUUUGUUGUGGAGGUUUGCUUUUUAGUGGUUUUUUUGUUUCAAUCUACUUUUGCUCACUUGAUUAAAUGGUUUGUUGUGUAUAUAUAACAAGUUUCAUGUACAUUAUAUGUAAACCUAAUUGCGGCAAACAACUGUUUUGAUUCUUUUAUGUUACACAUUUUCACUAUAAUCAACAAAUGUAUUGAAAUUCUCUUUUGUUAAUAUAUCUUAAUAAAUCAAAUUGAUUAACAAACAAACACAAUAGACGUCUCAACCAACUAUCAAAAGACAAGAAUUCUACUUAUUUUCAUCUUCAUUAUAGGUUUGUAAAACAAAUGUAAAUGUUAUAGCUAUGUUAAUAUCAACCAAUUAAAAAAUAGAAUUCAUACUACGUGUAAUGUGAUUAAGG